UCAAAUCCUAACUCGUGACUCCUCAGAUGUCCCAACACCAAUCAAAGAGCAGCGAUGGGCCACCCUUUUACACAUUAACAGACUUUUAUUUCGUCCUUUUCUGUCUUCAUCUUCGUGAUCAGCCCUUAUUCUUUUGACUUGAGUAGACUUGCUGAACAAACUGUUUAAAAGCAACAACUUAGCAAAUAAGUUACUGGUUUUAUUUAAAAAGGUUCGAUCUUGGUUUGUUUCUUGCAAUUUGACCGGUUGGGUUUCUUUAGUUCUUGAUAAUAAUCUUGAUGGCAGCAUCAUGGCGGGCUGAGUCUUCUUCAUCAAGAAGAGGUGAUAAUUAUGGUGAUGAUACUGUUUGUGUUGCAGUUGGUAAAGAUUUUGAAGAGAGUAAGCUGAAUUUGUUAUGGGCAUUAGAGAAUUUUCCUGCUAAAAAGUUUUGUAUUCUUCAUGUUCAUCAGCCUGCUCAAACUAUUCCUCUGGUUGGUGGGAAUUUUCUGGCUAGUAGACUGAGCCAAAAUGAGCUGAGGGAUUUUCGAGAACUCGAGAGGAAGAUUAUGCACAAGAUCUUGGAUGAUUACCUUCUGUUAUGUCACCAAGUAGAAGUCCAUGCAGAAAAGCUCUGUGUUGAGAUGGAUGAUAUUGGGAGGGGGAUUAUGGAGCUUGUUUACCAGCAUGACAUAAAGAAGCUUGUUAUAGGAGCAGCAGCAAAUAAAUAUUAUUCAGAGGAGAUGAUGGAUCUCAGGUCUAGUAAGGCCAAAUAUGUCCAGCGACGUGUUCCUACUUCCUGUCAAGUUUGGUAUACCUGCAAGGGGUAUCUCAUACACAGUUGGGAAGCUGAUUCAACAUCCUCUACAACUACCAGUGGGUUUGCAGACUCGGCAUCUAUUUCGCAUCAUAGAAAUGAAGGAGGUGGACAUGAGUUAGAAUUAGUUGAAGUGCCACAAUCAGAGGACGAUAGUCAUAGUCUUGACACAUUGCAGGAAGGAAGUAGUUUAGAUCAACUUUAUGGUCAACUGGAAAGAGCAAUGUUGGAGGCUGAAAAAUUUAAACUAGAAGCAUUUGAAGAGUCGCUUAGGCGUGGCAAAGCUGAAAAGACUGCCGUUAAAGCUGUUUGUAGGGCUAAGACAUUAGAAACUAUGUAUGCAAAGGAGUUGAGGCACAGGAAAGAAACUGAGGAAGCUCUAGCAAUGGAGAAAGAAAACCAUCAGAGGACAAAAAGGCAGCUGGAUGAGGAGCACUUGGUUACUAAGGAUCGGAGAUUAUUUCAGCAGAUUCAAGUCUCGGGCUUCGAUCAGAAGUUAAAAGAGUCGAACGACGAGAUAUUCUUUGCCAUGGAACAGUGCAAAGAAUAUAAGAAAGAAAGAGAUGAAUUGCUGGUGGAGCGAGACAAUGUUAUCAAAUUAGUAGAGGAGCUUUCAAGAAAACAAACAAACACUGCCUCGUGUUCGCAAAUGAAUCAGUCUCUCUCUGAUUUCUCUUUGUUAGAAAUUCAGGAGGCAACUUGCAACUUUGACCCAUUAUUAAGGAUUGGAGAAAGUGGGCAUGGAAGCAUUUUUAAAGGUACUCUUCGUCACAGUCCAGUAGUUAUAAAGGUGCUGAAUCCAGAUAGCAUCCAAGGGCCUAUAGAGUUUCAACAGGAGGUCGAAUUAUUAAGCAAGUUGAGGCAUCCUAAUGUGGUUAUUCUUUUUGGCGUGUGCUCUGAGGCAAGUGCUCUUAUUUAUGAAUAUUUACCGAAUAAAAGCCUUGAAGAUCGACUCGAUUGCAACCAUAACACUUCCCCCUUGCCUUGGCAAGCUCGAACACUCAUAGCAACUGAGUUAUGCUUUGUCCUUAUAUUCCUUCAUUCAAGUAGCCCUCACAGCAUUGUACACGGUGAUCUUAAGGCGGACAAUGUUCUCCUGGACGCUAACUUUGUAUGCAAACUCAGCGACUUCGGAAUCUGCCGAGCAAACUCUCUUCUUGAAAAUGCAAGAGACAUGACACUUUCUCAUGAAAUGGACCCAGAAGGAACUUUCUACCACUUGGAUCCUCAUUUCCUUUCAACAGGAGAACUGUCUCCUGCGUCAGAUAUUUACUCAUUCGGAAUUAUAUUGUUACAGUUAUUGACAGGAAAAUCUGCCUUCGAUGUAGCAAACGAUAUCAGAUAUAAGAUAGAUGAGGGAAAUGUGAGUUUGUAUUUGGACCCUUUAGCUGGGGAUUGGCCAAAUGUACAAGCCAAGCAAUUGGCUCGUUUGGGUUUAAAUUGCUGUGAUAUGAACCCCAGCAACCGACCUGACCUUGUGUCGGAGGUGUGGAGGGUGCUUGAACCAAUGCGAGAUUCUUGCUCGACAUCUGUCCAGUAUGGUUCUCAAGAUAGUGAACAGCCUCCAUCAUAUUUCGUUUGUCCCAUUUUACAGGAAGUGAUGCAAGAUCCUCAAGUGGCGGCAGACGGGUUCACUUAUGAAGCAGGGGCUUUGACAGGGUGGUUAGAGAGUGGUCACAAUACUUCGCCGAUGACAAACCUUGUGCUUCCACACUUGAAUCUUAUUCCCAACCGUACUCUUCGUUCUGCAAUUCAGGAGUGGCAGGAACAAAACUAACGCCCUUCUUUAAGAUUGAUAAUGCUAUACUUUGGCAGUCAUGUUCAGUGCAAUCCAAGGAAAUGUAGUUUUUGUGUCUUCUCAAUUUCAGAUAGUGUAAAUGUUUAGUUUAUCUAUUCAGCUUUUCUCAUUUGUCCUCCA